CUGCGUUAAAGGCGGCAACUCUAAAUGUCCUGUUUGUGACAAGGGAAGAACACUGAUAGUCCAUUUUGUACAGACUCCAUUUUAAACACGACAGAGCAGGACGAAAAACAGGAAGUCUGAGGCAGCGUGAGUUUACUGUACUUUACAUGGUUUUACCUUCCAGCUUUGGUAAAAUUAGUGGUUUGGAGGAAGAAGAGAACCGAGUCUCCAGCGUCCAGCUCUCUGUCCAUGAAGAGUGACUUUUCCAAAGAGGAACCUCCUUUCUUCAGUAACAAACAGGACCUUCAGACAUAAACCAUGGGAGCACAAUCCAGCUCUCCUACCCCUCCACCCUCUCCUGCCCCUCCUUUUUUCAAUGACCCUUGGAGGACAAUAAACUGGGAAGACAAAAGGGAUCUGCAGCAUGUUAAGGACUAUAAACCUCAGACUGAUGGCCAGCAGCUCAGGAUUCUUCUUCAUGGACCAGUUGGAGCUGGAAAGUCCAGUUUCAUCAACUCUGUCCAAAGUGUCUUACAAGGGAGAAUGUACGCUCAAGCUUUGGUGGAAAACACCUCUCACGGCUGUUUCACCAAAAGGUACACAACCUACAAGAUCAAAAAAGGCCCAAAGACCUUUUACCCUUUUGUCUUUAAUGACAUCAUGGGCCUGGAUCCAUUCAAAGGUGUCCCUGUGGACGACGUCAAACUGGCUCUGAAAGGACACGUGAAGGAAGAUUACACGUUUAAUCCUGAAUCAACGUUGUCGGUGGAUAAUCCAUUCUACAAAAAAGAUCCAACUAACAACGACAAAGUGCAUGUUCUGGUUUGUGUCGUUCCUGCCAACAGCAUAUCUCUAAUGAAAAAGGAAACUUUGGAUAAGAUUCGCAACAUCAGGAUGGAAGCCAGUAAACUGAGUAUUCCUCAAGUGGCCAUUUUCACCAAGAUUGAUGAGGCCUGUCCUGAAAUCAAAAACGAUUUGAGGAAUGUCUACCGGGCCAAGUACAUUAAGAACACGAUGGAGGAGUUCAGUGUAGAUGUGGGAAUUCCCAUGAACUGCAUCUUCCCUGUGAAGAACUACCAUCAAGAAAUCAACCUCAACAAUAACAUUGAUUCACUGAUCCUGAGCGCCCUGACAAACAUCAUCAACUUUGGAGACGACUGCAUCAACAUGGAUAAAGACAGUGAUUCCAAAGAAGAUCCUCCAGACUUCAGUGUUGAACCUACAACCCCAUUCAUGAAGGGCUGAAGAUUCUGUUAUUUUAAGAGUCAUACGGUAUACUGGUUCAAGAUUUCAGUGAUAUCUGUCAGAUUGUCCUGAUGAUCCAGACUGUUUCAGACUGUAUCUGGACUUCUCUGAGCCUCCACCUGGGAUUUAUGUUGUCUGUUAUUCAGUCAAAUAAUCUAAACUCAGAGUGACUCUGUAGAUUCGUUCUGUCAAUGAUCACAUAACUGUAAAUUAACACAUUUAAAUAUACAUUUCAAUAGAUAUAUCUAUGUAUAUUUCUGUCUUGCAUUCUGCUGCAGCUCCACCCUGGGGAAGAAUAAAGUAUUGCAGUUAAUUUCCACAUAGAGGAUCUUUUGAGUGUAUUUCAUUAGCUACUCAAAUUGAGUUGGCAAGACUACUUUUUCAUUUGCUGCUCCACAUUCCUGGAAUGCUUAACAAAGCACCUUAAAAUGUGUCUCUCCUCAAUCUAUCAGUCAAUUUAAGGCCUUGAUUAGUGACUUAUUAUGCGUAUUUUGUCUAAUAAGCAUUUAUUUUAUUGUUUAAAAAUGUGAUCUGUUGUAAUUUAAAUGUUAUGUUAUGGUUUAUGUGUUGAAAUAUAUGCUGUGCACUCGGAGCCCAUUGACAGGAGGGUCUCCCUCAAUGGGCCCUGAGUUUUCAAUACAUUUUUUGAAAUUAUUUGGUUCUGAAGAAAAGUAGCUGGGCUGUGUCACACACAUCAUUGUCUUGCUUUGCCAGACCUUCCUCCACAGCGCUGUGGAUGAAAGUCUUUUUGAUGUUUUUUAUUAUGACAAUCAAUUGUUUAUUCAAAAAAUGCCAACCAAUAAAAUCACUGGUUUUAGCUUCUUA